GUUGAUGUUGAGGAAGAAUGGUAUAAAAAAUACUUCAUUUUUUAUUUUUAAAUAAAUAGAAAGAGAAUUGAUGCUGACGGUUGAAGUUUUUGGCUUAAAUUGAACGCCUUCUAUUAUACCGUUUGGACUUUCAUCUUCUUCUCCUUCUCCCUUAGCUAAAUUCGUUAAACCCCUCUUGAUUACUAGUUCUACUUCUGCACUGCACAAAAGAAAUGGGAUUUAGGUUCUUGAUUAAGCUCAACUUCAUUCAUGAAUCUUUUGUUUCGAGAACUGCAUUGUCGCCUUCUCCUUAUUCCAAGAUUCUCAAGAGAUCUUGCGCCGCCCUCAGUUUUAACUCGUAUGAUCAUUCGAAUUUUUAUUCUGGAAACCCCAAUUUCUGGAUUCAGAGGCGAUGGCAUAUGGGGCACUCCCACCACCACCACCACCACCAUGAGAAUCCAGAUUCUCCUUCGGGGAAGGAGGGCGAUAGAAUUUUCCGUCUUGGACUGGCGGCGGACAUAGGGCUGGCUGCCGGAAAAGGUUUUAUUGGAUACAUCUCCGGCAGCACUGCCAUCAUUGCGGAUGCUGCUCAUUCAGUUUCAGAUGUGGUGUUGAGCGGGGUAGCAUUGUUGUCUUAUAAAGCUGCAAGGAUUCCAAAGGAUAAAGAACAUCCAUAUGGGCAUGGCAAAUUUGAGACCCUUGGCGCGCUCGGAAUUUCGGGGGUGCUCUUGGCGACUGCUGGAGGCAUCGCGUGGCAUUCUUUAGAUGUCCUUAUGGAAAUCACAUCCGCUGCACCUGAGAUUGUAAAUCAGUCCUUGACUCAUAACCAUCCACACAAUCACCAGGAUCAUGGACAUCACCAUGGAAUAGAUAUGGAGCACCCGAUUCUAGCAUUGAACAUGACUAUAGCAUCUAUAGCCAUUAAAGAAGGGUUGUAUUGGAUAACAAAGAGGGCUGGUGAGAAGACAGGCAGUGGACUCAUGAAAGCAAAUGCAUGGCAUCAUCGAGCAGAUGCAGUUUCAUCUGUGGUUGCUCUCGUUGGGGUUGGUGGAGCGAUUCUUGGGGUUAAAUUUCUUGAUCCUCUUGCUGGACUUCUUGUUUCUGGAAUGAUUUUCAAAGCUGGAAUUGAGAGUGGUCAUCAGAGCAUCUUGGAAUUGGUGGAUGCUGCUCUUCCACCGGAAAACCUGGAACCUUAUAAACACACAAUAUCGGGGGUUGAGGGAGUCAAGGGAUACAAUCACCUCAGAGGAAGGAGAGCGGGGUCAUCUUUGUAUCUUGAUGUAAACAUUGAGGUAGAUCCCUUUUCAAGUGUGAGUGCUGCACACGAUGUUGGAGAAAAUGUUCGACAUCAACUUCAACAGUUGCAUCCAGAAGUAGCUGAAGUCUUCAUACACGUAGUCCCAUCCACAUCACAUAUUUCGGGGAAUGUCAUGAACCACCAAAGGAGUUCGUCAAAAAAUCAUAUUGAUAAUGUAGCAUUGGAGCAUGCGGAUAUUGAAGAAACUGUUUCCAGCAUUUUGUCAACUAAUUUCUCCGACAGAAUGGAAGUGCAGAGAAUAACCCGCCACUCAUUGGAAGGUCACAUUCUUCUUGAAGUCGAGGUCUCCAUGCCCCUCGACACAUUAGUUAGAAAUGCGGUCAAGGUUGCUGAAGAAGCCGAAAAGAAUAUUUUGGAGGCAUUGCCUAACAUCAUACAUGUAUCAAUUCAGCUCCGACUUGGGCGCCCAGUGCCCAACUUAAAAGUCGAACAACAGGAUAGCUGCUGAUAUUCUCCUAUGUCAAAGAGAUGACCGAAAUUCGGAGGUUAGUCUACACUACUCUACUGUAGUAUGAGAGCAUGCAGACGUUUUUAAACCGGGAGUGAGUUACAAUAAAUAACAAUACCAAAUCUCACAGCAGCUCAUGUAACUCUAGCUUCGAUAGCAUAUACUAAAGUUGUUGCACGGAAAAUGUUCAUAGUUAGAUUUUAGGUUAGCCGGGCCGAUUUGCCUGUCUGCUAAGUACAUUACAAUGAGAAGAGAAUGUGAGUUCUUGAUAUGAAUCAUCAAGCAAUGCACUGCUUGCUCUGUACCUAAUUUGUGUUUAUCUAUGAUGUGGAAUGUGCUUAUAAUAUAACAUUUAAUAGCCAAGUUGA